CAAGGCUCCACUCGCCGACGAUGCAGACCGGAGACACGCCGUACACGCGCCUGCCCCCGGCUAAUGCUGCUGCCUCGCCGUUGCACCGUCGCCCUUCGGUGCUGGCGCUCGCCGGCGCCGUGGCAAUCUCUUGCGGCCUCCUCGGAAGCGUCGCUGUCCGCCGGUCGGCGCCAGGCGGCGAGCUCGACCUCAGGAGCGGCCGCGAGAGGCUACGCUUCGUCAACGGCUGCCAGAAGGACGACAUCUGGCUCGCGGGCACCGCGGUCGCCGUCCCUCUCUUCACUCCCGACGUUAAGCUCGGCGCGGGCGAAGAGUACGCCUUCACCGUCCCCGACGCCGGCCUCGCCUCAACUCGCUUCUGGCCAAAGUGGGGCUGCAACGAGGCUGGCCAGAUGUGCGCCAUCGGGCAGUCGGGCGGGCCGGGGGAGGCGUGUGCGCCGGAGGGCUGCGCGCCGCCCGUCGACAGCAAAUUCGAGGCCACCUUUGGCUGCAAGCUCGAGCCGUCGCGCUGCGCGAGGAACCCGUCCGCGCCCGAUCAGCCCAUCGGCGACGCGGGGCCGGUGGACGGGUGGACGCUGCCGUACAAGGUCGAGGUGAGCGGCGACUGCCCACAGUCGCCGUCCGUGAUCGACUGCUCGACUCUCGCGCUCUCGCAGUGCCCCGACAAGGAGGACCUCGGCCCGGCGCACGGGGAGCAGGACCUGCAGCUGCACGCGCUGCACAACAAGACGCAAGUGGUCGGGUGCUACUCCCCCUGCGGCACGCUCUCCUUCGGGCAGUGGGGCUCGCCAGCCAACCAACACUAG